CUUAUGGUUGGCACUGUUGACAGCUUUGUAUGGUGAUGGCAGCAACCGGUUGAAUUGAAAGGACAGAUGUCUGGUCCACCGGUGGCACCGGUUGCUCAACCGGUGAAUUAAAAAAUACACCAUACGCCUGUUCCAUCAGUGUUGACAGUUCAUUGGGCUACCGCUACACAUUCAAGGUUAAGGGUAAUUUUAUCUAAUUUAAUCAUCAUUUAAUAAUGGCAGGGAAGGUUGCAGCCGGAUUUGUUAUUUUUAGAAAGAUUUCUAAAAAUAAUGAGUACCUGCUUCUUCAAACAUCAUACGGAAUCAAUCACUGGACACCUCCCAAAGGUCAUGUAGAUCCUGGAGAGACUGAAAUGGUAGCGGCAAUCCGUGAAACAAAAGAAGAGGCAGGUUUGGAUAAAAAUGAUCUAAAAAUAUAUGAAGACUGUAGAAAGACCUUACAUUAUAAAGCUCAUGGUAAACCUAAAACUGUGAUAUAUUGGCUAGCAGAGCUGAAAAAUCCAAAUACACAAGUAACACUGUCUGAUGAGCAUCAAGACUACAAAUGGCUAGAGUUACCAGAGGCAUGUAAAUAUGCUGAGUAUAAGGAGCUGCAAGAUGUUUUUGUUGAAUUUGAGAAAUAUAUUAAUUCCAAUCUGAAAUAAAAUAUAAACUACCAUGUACAUUUUUUAAAUCAGACCGUUUACGCAUCAAUCGCAGCUGUUUUUGUUGUUUGGACCGCUGCAUAAUGCUUUGGAUGCAUUGGGUUACUCAGUUUACAAAAACCUGAAUUCCUUUAUCCUUUGAUCUUUUCCUUUUGUAAUUGGUUUUACCGUCAUUGAAUAGAGAAUAGACGAGACUCGUCUUAGCAUCGUGCGUCUUAAACCGCUCCCACACGAUGUGGCGAAUGCCUUACAACGUUUGAGCGCUGACGGAUUGCAUGUGUCCAACGUUCGCCACAUGGACGUUCGGGCAUUCGGUAAAUUUGACCCGCGUCAAAAGACCUUACAACGUUUGGAAGCAUGGUUCGUUACGCUUCCAUACGAAAGCGGCGACUAUCAUUAUUUAGUUGUUUGCUGUGAUUGUGGUGAAGUAGUGGGAAGUAUUUUGAUUUGAAUACCUACCCAUUCAAAAUAAUGUAUCUUCCGUUACUAACUUUUGAGGAGAAUGGACUAAAUUAGUAUACAUACAAAGGAUCGGCUGUCAUAACAACACUUUUUUCAUAUUGCUAAUAUU